UCUCUGUGUGACGUCAGCAGUAGGUGGACGUGAACUUCCUAGUUUUACUUUUUGUCAACAAAGCGGAGUUCAGCUGACGACGUGUCUCUGGGAAAGUCCCGGUCCUUCUCCGGUACUUCAUUUCUUCUAGUCGCGUGUUUGUGGAGGUAAAAUGACACUUUACGGACUUCUGUCGGCGGUUCUUGUACCGAUCUGUUGGGUCUUCGUGUCGGUGGCUGUGUCGGUGUCAGAGAAUCCGAACCGACCGGCCGCCGGCAGCACCGCGGCGCCCCGACCCGCAGUGACGAACUCUAGCCGGGUAAACUCCACCGCCAGCGGCGGAGGGCUAUUCCACGGCCUCGGCGUGGACUCCUCCAUGAUCCAGCGGGCCCUGUACGUCCUGAUCGGCAUCACCAUGAUCGGAGUCCUGUACUUCCUCAUCCGAGCUGUGCGGUUGAAGAAGCCGGUCCAGAGGAAGAAGUACGGUCUGCUGUCUGACUAUGACGACUCUGUGGAGAUGGAGGCGGUGGAGAGCGACGAGGACGACACGCUGUAUGAGGCUCGCAGCCUCCGCAGAUGAGUCCAGUUGGAGUUUCUUUGCCUUCGGACGAGUGGAGACCUGCCUGCUGUGUUUACUGAAGACAUGGAUGUCAGCUGAUAUUGAUUAUUGAUUGGGAGAGGACUGACUGCUGGAGUAAGAAAGUGGACCAAAGUUAUUGAACAUAAAUGCCAAAGCUGCUCGAGACCCUGAGCAGGAUAAUCAUUAUUUUUUAACGAGGUGUCGGAUGGAACGAAACUCUCCUCUGUUUAUUUUCUUUUUCUUAGUUUUUCAUUCUGAGCUUCUCUGCUCCAAAAUGUGCUGAAACUACUGUAAACUGACUGGAGAGCAGCUGAUAGAGCUGCUCAGAGGUCAGUCUGACUCUCCACACUGAGACCAGCUCACAGCAGAUCUGGAGGUCCUGGACACGCUGGAGGAUUCAGGACUGAAGAAUGUUUUCAUGUUGUCUCCUUCAGAUUGUGGCUCUAAUAUGAAGUCACAUCAAGCUUCACAUGUUCAAAGAAACUGCUUCUCUAAAGAUGAUGAUGAUGAUGAUGAUGAUGUCACUUUUCUAUGUGAAUGAUGAAUAAAUAUACAGAUGUGAAGUGUGAGGAGAAGUUUCCUGGUUCAUGCAGGAAAAGUCUGGUUCAUGUUUUCACAGAUCACAAAGUCAGUUUCUGAUCAACAUGAAACUUAAGAUGAACAUCUGCUUCUCUGGUAAAAGCAGUGGACAUAAACACUGAAGGAGAGACGUCUACUACGACUCCCAAGGUGCAUUUCAGCGACAAACAUCCAAUCACAGAGCUUCAGAUUCUGUUACAUGUGCCUCUAAUGAUGCGUUCAUGUCAUGUCAGAGUUACCGUAGUCACAAGUUUCUGACUUAUAAUAACACAGAAAAAACCCAAUUAAAGCCAGAUUUACUGGUUAUGAUGUCAUCAGUGAGCUGCGAGCGUUCACCAUCAGAAAGAUUCACAUGUUCACGUCAGCUGACAGCUGAUGACAUCAUAUCCAUUCAAUUUGGCUUUAAUUACAUUGACUUUGGCUGAUGUGAGGCGUCCAUGUUGGGUUUUUAGACACUUCUGUGUUAUUAUUAUGGGAUAUAUCAGAGCUUUCAGUAGAAUAACAUGAACGAAGCUUCACAUCCCACCGACAGCGUGACCGCUGCCUGACGGCGAGCAGAGACCAAAGAUUAUCGUUUUAUUAUUUUCAUAUUCUGGAUUCAUUGUGAAUUAAUUCAGUAACCAUGGCGAUGUGUUAAAUUCACUCCGACUGCCUUCUUCUCCAUAGCAACAGCAGCUGAGGAUCAUGGGUAGUGUAGUAUUUAGAGCUGUGUGACAAACUGUAAAACAAAUAAUGUGAACUGAUGGUCACAUGAUGAUGACGAGCAGCAGCUGUUGAUCCGUCACAGACGGAAACUCAAAAACAAAACCUGCAACUUUCAUUCACUUAAUGAAGAGUUUUGGAAAUCAAGUUUUAAAAUAAUUAAAUUGUUGUAAAUUUCAAUUAAUGCUGUGAAUUUAUUUCUAUUAUCAGAUUGAAAGCUCGUUACUGCAUUUGCACUUCUAAACAGAGCUGCAACGAUUAAUCAAUUA